GUCGGAGCACACAAUAAACCAGUCGGAAUUUAACAUCAGUGGAGUGUGGAUUGUAAGAUGGGUAGAUAGAGUGAUAAAAACCAAUAAAUCCUUUCUUUGUGCCUACUAAAAAUCAUUAUCUGUGACACCGGCCCAUCGUUGCUGCAUCAGCUGCUUCGAUAUUAUUCCCUUUUUUAUCGCAUCAACCAAAGGGAACUACUAGUCGGCAGAAUCCCUUUGUUUCUCUUUCGGAACAACUUCAUUCUUCAAUUUCGUUCAGCAAACAUAAGGCAAACCGAAAAAUGGUCGAAAGGAUAUUAGAAGAAGCGGAAAACUACGAUCCAGAAUGCAAUGGCGACGUUACCAAUGGCGACAGCAUCGGGGGCUGCACGGGCGGUGGUGGAGGUUCUGCCUCCGAUAGUGGCGACCAGAUGGACGCCGAUGCCCGAGCCAAAGAACUAGCCCAUCGCAAGGAGGAGGCCAAAAGGAAACGCCGCAAAAAGAAACGCACCGGCUCGUCGCUAGUUUCAUCGUGUUUCCAAGAUUUGUAUAAACUUUCUGGCGAAAUCUUGGGUGAGGGGGCCUAUGCCAGUGUUCAAACCUGCAUCAAUAUUUACACCGAUCAAGAAUAUGCAGUCAAAAUCAUCGAUAAGGUACCGGGUCAUGCCAGGGCUCGGGUGUUCAGAGAAGUUGAAACUUUCCAUCAUUGUCAAGGCCACCCCAAUAUCAUUCAGCUCACCGAGUUUUUCGAGGAUGAAGAAAAGUUUUAUUUGGUUUUUGAGAAGAUAAAUGGAGGACAGCUGUUGAGGAGGAUUCAGGAGAAUAGGUAUUUCAGUGAAGCUGCAGCAGCUGAAAUAGUACGAGAAGUUGCUUCAGCAUUGCAAUUCAUGCAUGCCAAAGGCAUAGCCCACCGUGAUCUCAAACCUGAAAACAUCUUGUGUGUGAAUAAGGAUACUAUUUGUCCAAUUAAAAUUUGUGAUUUGGAUUUGGGAUCCGGGAUUCGCUUCCAGUCCAGUGUUUCGAGUCCGCUGGCAACUCCACAACUUUUGACUCCGGUGGGCAGCGCUGAGUUCAUGGCGCCCGAAGUUGUGGAGGCCUUCAUCGGCGAGUCGGACUCGGUGGCGUACGACAAACGUUGCGAUUUAUGGUCGCUGGGCGUCAUAACGUACAUUCUUUUGUGCGGUUAUCCGCCAUUUUACGGCAAAUGCGGUCGUGACUGCGGUUGGGAACGAGGCGACAAUUGCAAUGCUUGCCAAGAUCUACUCUUCCACAGUAUCCAAGAGGGCCGAUACGACUUCCCCGAAGCCGAAUGGGGUAACAUAUCGGACGAGGCAAAGGAUCUGAUAUCAUCCUUGCUGGUGAAAAAUGCCAGCGAACGCAUCAGAGCCGAGGAAGUGCUCCAACAUCCGUGGUUGAAAUGCGCUAGCGAAUCGGCGACUUUGACCACGCCCGCCAUCAUCAAGAAGAACAAUUCCGCGAGAGAACUAUCGCAAUUCGCGGAGAGCGCUAUGGCUGUGAACAGGGUGGUGCAGCAACACUUCAGCAUGAAGCUGGACUAUCUGGAGAGGCCGAAUGUCUAUCCGAUUGACGAGAAGGCGGCGCCUUACCACGCCAAGGUGUUUGGCUUGAGUCCGCCUAGCGAGAGCAACCUAAUGCAGAGGCGGAUCAAAGGUCGAUCGUGCCAGUUCUUGCUGCCCACUCCGGCCCCCGCCAUUCCCAGUCCAAGCGGUUGAAGACGUGUUGCGCAAGCAUCUCCAAUAUUUUUUUACAAAAUAAGGAAAAAAAAGAGAAAAAGUGCACGCGCAGGAGGCGCGUGUUUUGUUACUUUCGUUCAAUUUUUUCGUCAGAAUAUUCUUCUUCGUUUUCAUCAUGAGUCUUUUGACUGUGUCAGGACGUCGUCUGCGUACGCAAAUACGCAGAAUGUCGUCUUGGCACAGUUGUGGCGUCUCCGGCCUAGUGUUAGUCUUUUGGAGAUUGUUUUCCAAUUUUUUUUUCUUUUUUUUUUGUAUGUGUUGAGGUGGACUGAUUGCGGUCAGUCCGCAUUGUGAUAAUUAAAUAAGCAUCUAAGCGUGCGAAGUAGCGCACGAUAGACUGUAGACAGCGUACCUGCUUUAUGUUCGGUAAGAUACAGAACAUUAAUUCGAGGGACGGCCGUCCCACCAUGUACUGACAGUCCAUUGUAUUUUAAGAGUCCUAGUAAGUUCGGAUAUUUUUUAAAAGAUUUUGUAAUGCUCAAGGGUAGUUUCCGGUAUUCGCUAGUAAGGUGCGCAAUUUUCGGUCAGUCCCAGUGAAAAAAAAAAGUUUUUGAUGGCCAAAAAUUCUGCAUCAUCUUCCAACACUCAGGGUUGUUCAUUAAAUGGCGAGUCAUUACAAAACUUAUAUCAGAGAAGGGCUCGUAACGCCAGAAUGAAUGUCAUUAGUUUGUAUGUGAUAUAGGGUGAAAGAUAUCCCCAGGAGAAGAUCCGACAUGAUUGGAGGAGUAUUCGUUUUUCUAUGCUUAUUUUUAUGGCAUUUAUUAUGUACGAAAGUACGAAAUAUUGUAUUUUCCAAUCAGUUGAUACCAAAAAUAUGAUGAAAAAUUUAUAAAAAUAAAAUAUUUAAGUCUUAAUUUUCAUCCAGAUUUCUUUAAUACCUUUAUCAGCACUGCAAGUGCCAUCGUUUGUUUUUCUUUAUAUUUGUGUGUUGUAAGUGCAUCGGUAUGAGAACACCGUACUUUGUUUUUCCUUCUCAUGCCGGCGCAAUUAUAAUGCAGUUUUCAGAUCAAUUUAUAAUGUUAAUUAAUGACGUAUUUUUUUUACAACCAAGCAAGCUAGAGUUGAAUAAAUUAGUGAUGGAAAUUUAUGUACCAAGUGUGCUUUAAUUUCAUAUAAUAAAGACCGAUUUUUUUAA